UCCCCUCCCCUACCCCUCUGUUGCCCUCAUGUUGUUUUGAAAAGUUGAUGUUGAACUUUAUUUAAAAAAGAUAUUUGUUUAAUUUAACAUAAACAUUACUUCAACUAACUUUACAUUACUUUUUGUGCGCUUACUAUCUGUUAAUUUACGAACUUAAAAUCACGGUAAACAUGUCUUCCGAAAGCGAAGGUGUUGGUAAGAUAUGCAUCCCUGGGAUGCGGCUAAGUUUAUCCAACAAAGAAUACGCAGCAGGUCCAGGAACAUACGAACGUAAAGGCUACAUCUACGCUACAUUAGCCGGUGUCCUUAAAAUCGUAGAAGAUGAGACAGAGAAGACAAAAUUUGUAACAGUGGAGAGUCCAAGAACACCUAGCAUAUUGCCUAGAGCAGGCGAUAUUGUUACAGCCAAAGUCACAGUUGUGAACUCUCGAGUAGUACAGUGUACCAUCCUCUGUGUCGGCCCCUCGGUACUGGUCAGGCCAUACAAAGGCAUCCUGAAGAAAGAAGACAUUAAAUCUACUGACAAGGACAGGAUAGAUCCAUAUAAAUGCUUCAGGCCAGGAGAUGUUAUUCUGGCUAGAGUUCUACCUAUGACAGAAAUCCAUUGGUAUCACUUAUCAACAGCGGAGAAUGAACUGGGGGUGGUCAUAGCCACAGCAGAGGGCUCCCCGCAAGGUAUCAGUAUGGUGCCAACUAGCUGGUCAGAGAUGCAGUGCCCAAAGACACUGGUCAAGGAACCUAGGAAAGUCGCAAGAGUUCUGCCAGAGAACAUCAAUGAAGCACUUAUCAGUAAGGAACAGGAGAAAAGUGAAAAUAAAAAAUCUUAGUUUAUU